GAGAACACAACAACAGUUAUAGUCCAUGAAGCUAUAAAUGAAGAAUAUGAGUGGGUUCAGUUUAACAAACAACUCCGUCUCAUUCGUUCAGUCAAAGACGAUAUGUACCAAAUGCAAAGUAUUUUGACAGCAUGUUUUGCUCCAGAUACUAAGCUUCCUAAAGACUGGUUUAGGAACCAAAGCACACAAGAACUUUUGAUCGAAGCACAGCGAGACAUACUUUUUUCUGAAAACAGUGAAGAACAGCGAGUAAGUAAAAAACCUCAGUCGCCAAAACUCUAUGAAAACAGUGAAGAACAGCGAGUAGGUAAAAAACCUCAGUCGCCAAAACUCUAUGAAAAUCGUGAAAAAUUGCCAAACGGUUUGAGAGGAUAUUAUGUACAUAGACUUCUUGUAAAUGCUGUUGCAACGUGGGCUUCGCCUCGUUAUGCUUGGUAUAUUUACAGACUUCUUGACGAAAUUCAUAGACAAGAACGUGAAGAGAUGGAAAACAAGCUUGAAGCAAAAGACAAAAGCAUUCAGAAAAGAAUACCACGUUCGGUACCAAAAGGAAAGGAAAAGAACUAUAAGUAUAUGAUUUAUACUGAAGAGAUGGAAAAUGAAGAAGAUAAAGAUAUGGUUAUGUUGCAUUUAGUCAGAAGAAACAACAAGAGCUUUUACGACCUUGCUAAUAUUUACAAAUCUGACAGAAAUUGGUUCUAUCGCGAAAACUUACCGAUUUCAAUGACCCCAAAUGAAGAUGUGAAACAAAUAGUUCAAGAUACGUUACCUCAAACACACUAUGAUAUGAAAGGUUGUACAAUACUUACCUUCAAAGAAGACUUACCGCUACUGAAAGAAAAAAUAACAGAGUAUUUUGACAACUUCAAACAAGCAGAGUAA